AUGAACAGAAACUCAAACAAUUUUAACGCGUGGGCGACAAAUCCACUUAAAACAAGAAAAGAUGUAGCUCAAGCGCUUGAACAGCAGAUAGAACCCUUGAUUCCAGCAUUUACCGAAGGAGGUGCAAGAUUCAGUUUGGCAGAUACAUCAGCUGUUUCUGAUAUGGAACCUGCAGAGUUAGAAGGAUUUGCUAGACCAUUGUGGGGUAUUGUACCUUUCGUCUAUGGUUGA